CAAUUUCAGCCAAAGAAAGGGAAAAAAAGGAAGAGUAAGCUUAAGUUGAGUGAGGCGAACUUAUUGAAAAUCGAGAAGAAAAGGAAGAUGGCAUCCUCUCUGCAACUCCUCCAAUUCAAACCAUCGAAACCCUCUUUCUCAUUCUUCUCACGAAGGUCAGCUCCUCCGAUUUGUUCUGCCGCGCCCACUCCUUCGAAGUCGCAGCGUUCCUACACUAUCACUCUCCUUCCCGGCGACGGUAUCGGCCCGGAAGUCAUCUCCGUCGCCAAAGACGUUCUUCUCCUCGCUGGUCAUCUCGAAGGGAUCAAAUACGAGUUCCGAGAGAGGCUUAUAGGUGGAGCUGCGCUUGAUGACACGGGAGUCCCAUUACCCGAUGAGACACUUUCUGCCGCCAAGCAAUCUGAUGCUGUUCUGCUUGGUGCUGUUGGAGGUUAUAAAUGGGAUAACAACGACAAACAUCUCAAGCCAGAAACUGCCUUGCUUGGGCUUCGUCAGGAGCUUAAAGUCUUUGCAAAUCUCAGGCCUGCGUCUGUUUUUCCUCAGUUAGUAGAUGCUUCAACUUUGAAGAGAGCGAUUGCUGAAGGGGUCGAUCUCAUGGUUGUAAGGGAACUUACUGGAGGUAUCUAUUUUGGAAAACCCAGGGGCUUUGACACCAAUGAAGAUGGUGAAGAGUUUGGUUUUAAUACUGAGAUUUAUGCUGAACACGAGAUUGAUCGCAUAGCUCAUGCUGCAUUUAAGAUAGCUCGGAAGCGUCGUGGGAAACUUUGCUCUGUUGACAAAGCCAAUGUACUAGAGGCUUCAAUAUUAUGGAGGAGGAGAGUGUCGGCAAUAGCACAAGAAUAUCCUGAUGUUGAACUCUCUCACAUGUAUGUUGAUAAUGCCGCAAUGCAACUAAUUCGCAAUCCAAAACAGUUUGACACCAUUGUGACAAACAAUAUUUUUGGCGAUAUAUUAUCGGAUGAGGCUUCAAUGAUCACCGGAAGUAUUGGGAUGCUUCCUUCAGCUAGCCUUGGGGCUUCGGGUCCUGGACUUUUUGAACCCAUACAUGGUUCAGCACCUGAUAUUGCUGGACAGGACAAGGCAAAUCCAUUUGCCACUGUUCUCAGUGCUGCUAUGCUUUUGAGAUAUGGCCUAGAUGAAGAAAAGGCAGCUCAAAGAAUUGAAAAUGCAGUGCUGGACACUUUGAACAAAGGAUUUCGAACUGGCGACAUAUAUUCUACUGGAACAAAGCUGGUAGGGUGCAAACAGCUAGGUGAAGAGAUAAUGAAGUCAGUGGAAUCUAAUGUUCCUUCUGGUGCUACAGUGUGAUUCAAGAAUUUAGAUGAAAUUGGCAUCUGAUGUAUCUUGAAGGUCACUACCAAAGGUGGAAAACUCUCCCUAGUUGGAGAGUUGAGGCUGCUUCCUGCUGCAUUAUGCAUGUAUUUCAAAGUUUCCAACCAGCCUAUGUAUGAUUGUACUUUCGAAAGUGUCAAGUUUGUUUUCCUGUUCCCGGCAUUAUACUGCUUAAUUUAAUGCAGAUUUAAUUUUUCA